AUGCAUGUUUCAUACAUCUCUCUGGCGUUCUUCGCCGUCGGUGCCAUCGCCGCGCCCGCCGCUCCCAAGCCCGACGAGUUCGGCGACAUCACUAGCGGCUUCCCUUUCAACACAGUCGGCUCUUCCAGCAUCGAGGACAGCGAUGAAGGAUUCGACGACUCCUUCCCCUCCGCGCUCGACGCAAUGCACCAGGCCUUGGCCCAGAAGCAGCAGUCCGCUCAGUCUGUUCAGUUCGCAUCGACCUCCCACCCCCUGAUGGCCAAGCCCACCAAAGCCCACCCAACCGCGAACUUCCCGGCUCCCAUCGUCUCCCAGGCCCCAAGUCUCUCCCAGGCCGCCCCUGUCAUCUCGCAGGCUCCUGUGAUUUCCAAGGCUGAGCCUACCCACGCCCUCCCCACUACAUCUCACGCGGUCAUUCCCACUCCCGCGAAGAGCAGCUCUGCUUCUCCUUCCUCUAGCGCAACUCCUUCGCCUAGUGCCCCCGCUGGCCCUCUUAGUGGCCUUGUCGGAGGUCUCCCCCUUGUUGGAGGUUUCGUUGGCGGUCCCCUGGCUGGCCUCGGUCUCCGUCGUUAA